UGGGCUGCAAUUGCUUACAAAGGGUUCCGAAAUGGAAAUUGAGAAUUUUCGAGUAUAAAUUGCGCGGAAUUCGACGGCAGUGUCAUCAGUUGCACUAGAACAACUUGAAGUAGUUAAUUCUUAACACAGACAACAAACAAAAAUAUCACAAUGUUCAAAUUCUUCGCCCUCUGCCUGUUCGCCGUGAUCGCUUGUGUUGCCGCCAAACCGCAAGUGAUUGCUGCUCCAGUGGCCUAUACAGCCGCUUAUUCGGCUCCAGUAGUGGCAGCCUCCCCCUACACCGCUGCUUACACGGCCGCUUACACGUCGCCCUACGCCGCCGCCUACUCCUAUCCAUAUGCUGCAUACAGUUAUCCUUAUGCCACCGCUUUCCUGCGUUAAAUCACUUCGCGUGAGGGACAAUAUUUGGCGAACGCUCUGGAUAAACGAUUAUGGAUUUUAAUGUUGUUUCCUGACUUAUUUGUUAACAUGCAUAAGUAUAUACACGCAUACACAUAUGAAAUGUUAUUUUGUUGAAUUUUAAAUUAUUACUCUAUUUUACCUUUCCAAUUUUACACUGUAUAGAAAGGUUAUCAGCUUUUAUCUUAUCUUUGUUUACUUCCCCCUUUUUUUUCUUUUAUGUUAAUAAAAUAAUAUGCAGAAAAAAACUAAAAAAAACGUAUAAAAUAAAUAAACCGUCACAAUUUAUAA